CAAAUAGAGCCCGCCGAGAAAAAGCAAUUUACCGCAAAUCGCACCGUUUUGGCGCUUUUCUUCUCUCAGUCCCCGGGUCCACUUUCCCUUUUCCGUUCUUUAGAGAUAGGCCACUUGCCGUCGGGAAGGUCUAGAUCUUUCUGGAAGCCACCUUCAUUUAACACCUCCGCUGUUCUGCCCCGCCCCUUCGUCUCCUUCGGAAAAUUGCUGUUCUGUGAUUGGAUUGAAUCGAGCUCCGACUACAAAAGAUUUCGCCGGUGGUGUAUUGUGAUUCUCGUCGACAUUCAUUUCCGUCGGUGCCGGUUCUUUUUUCCGUUGCUUGUACUAUUUUUUCGUCUGAAGAGGUUUAUUAUCGAAUCUUGAUGACAGCCCAGUCUUCUUUUCUUGCAAAACCUUGUCAUUUUAACCAGAUUUGUGCUACCCGCGUCUAGUGCGGCCUCUCCGCUUCAACCAGCCUCCCCACAAUAAAUACGGUAGCUGCAGCUGAAUAGCAUGGCGGACCAUUCAAAUGAAGGUUCUAGCACCAGCAGUAUUUCCGGGGAGACUGCGACUUCGAUUAUUGAGCUAAAAAUCAAGACUUUAGAUUCACAUAUCUACAGUUUUCAAGUGAAUAAAGAUAUGCCGGUUCAAUUAUUCAAGGAGAAAAUCGCAAAUGAAAUAGGAAUCCCAGUGAAUCAGCAACGUUUGAUAUUCAGGGGAAAGGUUUUAAAGGAUGAACAUUCUCUUUCUGAGUAUUAUUUGGAAAAUGGACAUACAUUGCAUUUAGUUGAAAGGCAACCAACACAGCAACAGGCAGCAUCAGAUACUAGCUCUGGCGAAAGACCUGCAAAUGUACCUUCUUCAACCGGUAACGAAGCUGGAGUUGGUGCCCCUCGAAAUCGACAAAUUGCACAUAGUGUUGUUUUAGGAACAUUUAAUGUUGGGGAUCAAGGUGAAGGCAUUGUUCCUGAUCUUUCUCGGGUUAUUGGGGCCGUUCUGAAUUCUAUUGGACUAAGCAGCCAAAAUGCAAACAUCCCACCUGGUAUGCAGUCUACAUUGCCUAACAAUCGUGGCACAGCAAGUCAAGGAAAUGAAACAUUUAGAGCUAACAAUGAGGCUGGAGGACAGGCAACGAGUCAAGCUCAAACUGGACCGGCAUUUCCCGGCCAGCCAUCACAAAGCUUUCCUCACGUGAUUCAAAUUCCACUUGCCAGUGCAGCCGUAUCAGUUCCUUCCAUUCAUGCGCCCAUUCCUGACGCUAUGACAACACUUUCCGAGUUCAUGAACCGUAUGGAGCUUGCAAUAUCUCAGAAUGGUGGAGAUCUAACCAGGGUGGCACUGCCUACCAAUCCACAAGGUUUACCAACCACUGAAUCGUUGAGCAUUGUCUUGCGUCAUGCUCAACGGCUUCUAAGUGAUUAUGCCAUAUCUUCACUAUCCCGUAUUGCGGAGCGUUUGGAGCAAGAUAGCUCGUCCACUGAUCCCAUUGUGAGGGGUCAAAUUCAGGAAGAGUCGGUACAAGUAGGACUUCGGAUGCAACAAUUUGGUGCGCUUCUUUUGGAACUGGGCCGUACCAUCUUGACACUCCGUAUGGGACAAUCAUCUGCUGAGUCGGUUGUUAACACUGGCCCAGCAGUGUAUAUCUCUCCUACGGGGCCAAAUCCCUUAAUGGUUCAGCCUUUUCCCCUUCAAACCAACCCCCUCCUUGGUGGUGCUGUACUACCAUCAAACCCAGUUGUUGGUGCAGUAGGUAUUGGAACUGCCCCUAGACACAUCAACAUUCACAUACAUGCUGUUGGUACCAGGUCAAAUAAUGGGGAGGGAGCACCUGCAGAUCGUCAGAAUGUGGUCAGUGGAUCCACGGAUUCAGGUGUAGCCCAGGCACCUCCUGUUGUCAACAUUCCACAUCCGCUGGGUCUUUCGAUUUCUGCUGCUGUGCAACCUGGUGAAGAUCAAGUGCGAACGGCAGUUCAGAAUUCUUCUAUUGGUUCUGGACAAGGGAGUGAACAGCAAAGUGAUACUAAAAGGGACAUGGGUGGAGAGUCGAGUGAGUCAUUACCUGGGUGUGAUUCGGAAACUGGAAAUGACAAGAUCGUCACAGACAAUAUUUAUCGAGAUACAGGAAGGUCUAUAAGCACACCUGAUUUACCAACAUGCUCUGGUAGUAAGGGCUCUGAAUUUGUUGGAAGAAAUGAAGAAAAUUUUCAGAGUCAGGCAUCUUGUGAGAAGAGCACGGGAACUGGGUCUUCUCAAGCUGUUCCACUUGGCCUUGGACUGGGGGGUUUGGAACGACCGAGGAGAGGCAAGCAGGCUAAAGGGGGUAGCAGUGGAACCAGCCACAGCCAGGGUCAUACAGGCCAGCAGUUCUUACAGUCUCUUGCCUCUAGUGCUUCUAUGAAUAGGUCAAAUGCUUAUGAUCCCUCAAGCCUACAACAGACCGCUAGCCCAACUGUUCAUAGCAGAUCCUUGCAUGGGCCAGGUUCUAACAGCCAAAUUGAUCUAGGAAGCAGUAUGUCUCAAGUUUUGCAGAGCCCUGCUUUAAAUGGACUAUUGACAGGGCUUUCAGAGCAAACUGGCGCUGGCUCUCCUGAUGUCUUGAGGAACAUGUUGCAACAGAUCACGCAAAGCCCUCAAAUGAGAAACACAGUCAAUCAAAUUGCCCAGCAGGUUGACCCUCAAGACCUUGAGCAAAUGUUUGCUGGGUCGGGAAGAGGCCAAGGCGGUGGUAUCGAUUUGUCAAGGAUGUUCCAACAGAUGAUGCCUAUUGUCUCUCAAGUGCUUGGAGGAUCGCCAAGGCAACCAUCUUCCUCAAACGUGCAACGAUCGCCGAGGCAACCACCUUCGUCAAACCUGGAAAGCGAGCAAAUGCCUCAUAGUGAGAGGUCUGGUAGUGGAGUGGAAACAUCUAAUGGCCAAAAUUCUCAGAUUGAUGCCCAAGAUGUUGCUCGAAGGAUCAUAUCUACCAAUUCGCCAAGAGACGUCUUCCGUGCUGUCGUUGAGAGUUCAGCUCGACUUUCUGGCAGUAGUAGCGAGGAUAUUGCAAAUGAGUUGUGCAGCGAUGAGACACUUGCUAAGGAAUAUGUGGAGAUGUUAUCAAGUGAUGUAAACCGACGGUUACAAGGCAAUUCAGACCAGGAAAAAUAAUAGAUAUGUGGAAAGGAAUUAUUAUAGAUUCUCGUGGGGUGGACUGGAAAUGUGACAUUGGCUUUCUCAAGUUAUUUUCUGGUAUAAAAUGCUUCUCCGGCCUUUUCUUUAUCUUUUUUCCAUGUACGUUAUUCUCUAUUAGACAGAUGAUAAUGCCUCAAAGUAACUUAUGUGUUUACCACCUCUUUUUAUCAUGUUUUGGCUUUCCUUGUAGGAUUUCUAGCCUGUAAAAUACUCUCUUCUUUUUUUUUUCCUUUUUUUUUUCUUUUUUGUGUUUAUAUGACAACAUAUUUACGAAACCCUUUUAAGAUCAUUAUGAAAUUUCAUAUUGUUUUAUUGGUGCUAC